AUGGCCUUUACUCUUAUCGUCGGACCCAGUGAGUACAUUGGCUGUGACGCUUGCCUAGACUGGUUCCAUUUCUCUUGCGUUGGUCUUAGUGCUGAAUGCGCCGCCCGGCUCGCCGAUUCUUGGCUUUGUCCAUCCUGUCUUCCAACUUUGUCUGGUACUGAUAAAGCAUCACCAUCUAAGCUCCCUUCAUCAGAAACACCAGUUUGUGAGUCUCCAGAAGUCCAAAGUCCAGUUAAGUGUGGUAGAUUCAAGGUAGAAGAGGAUGGAGCAGUAAAAUCGGAUCCUGGACUUCAAAGUACAAUAUCAAAAGUUCCGACUACUACUUCAUCUAAUCCAUCGUGUGAGCCUGAAACGGAGGCUGACCGACCAAUUGUGAGUAAAUUAGAGCAAAUUAGAGCCGCCGAAGAUAAUGAAGAAGCUUCUGAAGAUGAUGCUAUUUACUGUCUAUGUCGUACUAAAUAUGACGCUUCUCGUGCUUAUAUUGCUUGUGAUCACUGUGACGAGUGGUAUCACGUCGAAUGUGUCGGUCUUACUCCAGAGCAAGCUAGUGCUCACACUGGUGUUUACACAUGUCCAUCGUGUCGGCGUAAAUUGCCUCCGUCUGCUUGUCUCGACGUUGGUUCAAAACCAUCUGCUGUUGAUGAUGACUACGAUGUUGAUUCUACCGCCCCCGCUACUGUUGCUGUCCUUGCCACGUCAUUGUUGCAAAACCCAAAAAACUGCAAAGAGAUUGUUGAACUGACAUAUGAAACGAAUGAAAAAGAAAUAGCAAAGGAUAUAUCUGAAGAGCCUAAGACAAGAAUAAAUAUAGAACUGAACGUUGAAGGACGAGGAAUGACAGAAACAACAGAAACGUGUGAAGAUGAGUGA